UGGGGAGCGGGAAGGAGAUGGGAUUGUUUGCAGAUCGUUGCGUUUGGCUUGCUCUAAAUCUUCCUGCGUGAAUGGGGCCCAGGCGGGAGUGGGCGGCGCUUGGCUAGGACACAGGAGGAGUUUCUUUGGGUCAGACUGGGCGCUCCCCUUGGCCAGGGUCCAUCUUCUUCCCCACGGUGGCCAGACAGGUGCUUUUGGGAAGCCCACGACAUGAACGCGAUAGCCUUCUUGCAGCCCGAACGCUUUCCAGACCCUGAUAUACUGCUUCUGAAUGGGGGAGGGCAGCAGUUCAGAAUAUAAGAAUAAGCCUUGCUGGAUUAGACCCAAGGUCCGUCUUGCCUGGCGCUCGGUGCACAUGAUGGCAAACUAGCUGCCCUCAGGGUCGCUCAAGCAGGUUGAGUGCAAGGCCUCCUCCUGUCCUGCUCCUCAGCAACUGGAAAAGGAGAUAGCGCAUAGGCAGCAAGGCUGGUCGCCACGGAUCUCCUCCCUCUUUUUUACCCUCUGUGACGAAAGACCAGUCAUACAUCUGUAUCUUCCAUUUAGUAGCACUCUGAAAACCAUCUAAGGCCCCGGUGCCUUCCCCAUGUUUUGGACAACAGUUUCCAGAACCCUGAUCCGAAACAUUUGGAGGGCACCAGCUGGAGAAGUUUAGCUAACAGCCAUACAUCAUCUGUCCCCUUUUAGAACUAAGUGGUUUGCACAGUACAUCCUGUGGUAGUGGGUUUCAUAGGGUUAACUACGUAUUGUGUGAGGAAAUCUUUAUCCUGAAUUUCUCACCACUGGAUGACAGCUUUGUGAAAGAAGAAAUAACUAUUCUCCUUAUGACCUUUCAUUAUCAUACUUUUUCCCCCAUGCUAAAAAGGUCCCUUUUCUUUAGGAUUUCUUAUAAACUGUCUCCAGAACAGUGAUAUAGGAAUACAGUCAAAUCAACCAAUCAAUAAUAAACAGGGACAUUUCUCCCACCCUUUCACUAUUUUGGUGACUUUUUCACUUUAUCCAGCUCAUGUGCAAAUUAGGACCCCUCUGGAGAAAAUGACUACAUCCUUGAGUCUUCUUUCUGGAAAUCGUGAGGCUUUCUUCUGCUUCUGCCACCUCUGCUCCCAUCUUUGCAAUGAAGAAAACACCACGAAAGCACCAGGGUGAACGUUACCGCUUGAAGUUUCGGCGUCUGUGCCGGGCAGCUAAAGUGCUGGUUUAUGAGAAUGCGGCGUUAUGUGAUGAGAUCGCCAGGCUCGAGGCCAAAUACCUGCGUGUGCGUGAAGAGCGGCGGUUCCUGCUUGCUCGCCUGCUGCAGGCACAGGCCUUGGUGGAAGAUGAGCCUCCGGCACAAACCGUGGCUGCCGUGUCACUGCCCUCCCCAGAUGAGCCCACUGUCCGCAAGCCGCGCCGGGAACGCAAAGGCAAAGAGAAUGGCCGGGCAUCGAAGCGCAGGGCAGCCCCAGAACUGGGUGCCCGCCGCUUAGUUCCACCUCUGCCCUUGGAUCCUUCUGGCCGGCCAGUGUUUCCUAUCACACUGGGGCCACUGACUGUUUACAGUCUGGGCGAAAUUGUCCCUGACCGUCCCGGUUUCCACACAGAGACUGCCAUCUAUCCAGUUGGAUACUGCAGCACCCGGAUCUUUGCCAGCAUUCGCAGACCGGUUCACCGCUGUCUCUACACCUGCCAGAUCAAGGAUGGUGGUGCUGGGCCACUCUUUGAGAUUGCCCCUGAAGACGAGCCAGGCUGUGUCAUGGCGGGCUCCACUCCCGAUGCCUGCCACACUCAGCUCCUGGAGGCAGUUGGGGGAGCACAGCUGGAGCCUGCGGGGGCUGAAUUUUUUGGGCUUUCACACCCAGCAAUCCAGCACCUCAUCCAGAGCUGCUCCGGUGCGCGCAAGUGUGCUGGGUAUCGCUGGUUCCGCUUCGAGGUGUGCCGUCCGGCAGAUGGGCCCCCUCCUGAGGGGUUGCCCUCAGGAAACCCUGGAACAGACUACGAGGCUUUCCAGAACCAAGGCUUGGCCGGACCUGUGGGCCUGGACUUCCCCACCACAACCCCUUCCCCACCUAGUGGCAAUGGAUAUGCAGAACUUUUCCUGCCAUGUGGUGCCUCAGGGGGGUCCCCCAUUCCCCAGAGCCCAGAAAGUGACACCGAUUGAGUAUUGCCGGUCACAAGCUGGCAUGGCUACAUGUGUAUGGCCACCUGAAGUUUCGUGUUAUUAAAAUUGCAUUGAUGUUGUAAAUUGCUUGUCACUUACCUGGUUUGAAAGGCUAACAUUAGGUUAGUCUUCCCCAGCCUGGUGCCGUCCAGAUGAGCUGGACAAUUCGUAGGUUCCCCCAGCCAGCCAUGUUGUGGCCCAUCCCAACUGAAGGACACCAAGUUGGAGGAAGCUGUUUUAGAUCAUUUCUCAAAUUGUCUUUGCGUGAUAAUUUCAGUUUAGGACGAAGAGGCUAUAUUUUUACUUUUGCAAAGACUCCUUUUUUAAGAGUACUUGAAAAUGGUAUUCCUACUUGAAAUUUGUAUUUGACAAAUGGGUAUCUGUCAUUUUAAAUUCUGUGGAAGUUUUUUCUCAUUGCAUAAUAAAAAUUCUGUGUUUAAUGUGGCCUAUAGGAUAUGGCUAUCUGUACAUUUGGACAGAUAUUUCAUUACAUUCUCAAAGUCAAUGCUAAAUGUAUCUGAUCACAUGAAGACACGUGCACAAUAACAUCUCUGCAAAUGUGAAUAACUUUUUCUUGUAAUAAAACUAUGAAUUUUUAAGCAGUCAACAUA